AUGCGCAUAAGGCUACCAUUUGCAGGAGGAUUCCUAUUCCUCCUCCUCCUCGCCGGCUACGCAGGUCUAACCACCCUCCAACUCGACGCCAUCAUCAACGACAAGAUCCUCCACACCCUAACCUUCUUCCUCCUCACCGUCGUCUUCUACUGGAUCCUCGACACCAGCCGCCGUCGAAACCUCAACUUUACCCUCAUAAUCUGCACCGGCAUUCUUGGCGUGGGUUCGGAAUUCCUCCAAGCCUUCUUGCCCAAUGGUCGAACCUUUGAUUUCUACGACAUUCUCGCCAAUAUCGUGGGGUCGCUGGCCGGGAUAGCCCUAUGUAGUUGGUAUCACUUACGGAUGCUGGAGCGCAAACGGUUGGCCAAGACAUAUCAUGCGGUACCCGGGGACGAAGAACAAGAUGUGGAAUUGGGCGAGGGGGUAGGGACGCAGGAGAGUGGUGUGAUGACGGCGACGGCGAAGAAGACGCUGGAUGAAGAGGUUGAUAACUGGGAUGAGAAUGUGGAAGAUGCGUGGGAGGAAGAUGAACGUGCGGGUGGAGUGGACAGUGCGGAGGGCGAAGGGUUGAAGACACCCAGUGCUAGUAGCGCGGGUGAAGUCGAAGGGGACUCGAAGAAACGAGCUGAUUAA